AUGGCAUCAUCUUCAUCUUUGUUAUCUGGGUCAUCGUCAUGGAAAUACGAUGUGUUUCUUAGUUUUAGAGGUGAGGAUACCCGUAAGACUUUUGUUGACCAUCUCUACAACGCUCUUGGUCAACACGGAAUCCUUACUUACAAGGACGAUGUCACACUUGGUCGAGGUGAUACCAUCGGCCCAUCCCUAUUGAAAGCUAUAGAAGAAUCACAGAUUUUGGUGAUCAUAUUUUCUGAAAACUAUGCAGAUUCUUCGUGGUGUUUGGAUGAGCUUUCACAUAUUAUGAAAUGCAGGGAUAGCGAGACAGGGCAAAUCAUCUUCCCUAUAUUCUAUCACGUGAAUCCGUCUGAUGUUAGGAAACAAGAAGGUCAAUUUGGUAAAGCGUUUGCCAAACAUGAGCAGUCAGAAAAUUACAAGAAGAAAGUUGAAACCUGGAAAAAAGCACUCGUUGAUGCUAGUAAUAUUGCUGGAUGGGAACCCAAACACGUUGCUAAUGGGUACGAAGCAAAAUGCAUCCAAGAGAUUGUCGAUUCAAUUUUAGGUAAAUUGUCGUCGUUAAAUCAUGGUGUUGAGGAUGAAGAGCUUGUUGGAAUGGGAAUUCGAGUGGAACAGUUGAAAUUUCAUUUAAGAGUUGGAUUAGGUGGUGUGCUUAUGGUUGGGAUAUGGGGGCUUGGGGGUGGAGGUAAGACCACUCUUGCUACUUCUCUUUACAUGGAACUCUCUGGUCUGUUUGAUGGUUGUUGCUUUCUUGACAAUAUUCGGGUGGAAUCCAAACAACAAAAUGGUUUAAAAAAUUUGCAAGAAAAACUUUUGUCAGCUGUUUUUGGGAUAAAAAAGGAAGUUGAGAGUGUUGAUAUAGGAAAGCACACUAUUAAACGUAUGUUAUGUCGUAGAAAGGUGUUGAUUGUUCUUGAUGAUGUGGAUCAUAUUGACCAGCUAAAGACAUUAGCUGGAAGUCAUGCAUGGUUUGGUGAAGGGAGCCGAAUAAUAAUUACAACCAGGGAUCAACAUUUGCUAAUAGCUAACAAGGUAUACGAGGUUUGUCCUGUAAUUUUAUUAUCAAAGGGUGAAGCUAUUCAGCUCUUUAGGAAACAUGCAUAUCAUGAGAAUAACCCUGUAGAAGAUUAUGAGAAGCUUUCCUUGCUUGUGAUUUCUUAUGUUAAUGGGCUUCCGUUAGCGCUUAAAAUCUUGGGAUCUUUCCUCAAUGAUAAAAACAAGGAUGAGUGGCUGAGUACAUUGUCUAGACUUAAAGAUCAUCCAGAGAUGGAUAUUGUGGAAAAGCUCAAAAUUAGCUACGAUGGACUUAAACCUGUGGAGAAAGAGUUAUUCUUAGACAUUGCUUGUUACUUCAGGGGAAGGCAUGAAAAAGUGGCUAUGGAGAUACUUGAUGCUUGUGGAUUUCACCCUUGUAUAGGGGUAAAGGUGUUGAUACAAAAGGCUCUUAUAACUGUUUCUUCCGAUGGUUACUUUGGUAUGCACGAUUUGGUUCAAGAAAUGGGACACUAUAUUGUUAGAGGGGAACAUCCCAACAAUCCCGAAAAAUGUAGCAGGAUUUGGCGAUUCAGAGAUAUUGAAGACAUAUGUUCCAGGAGUGAAACAGAGGAAAAUGAUAAGAUUGAAGUCAUACAUGAUGCUGGCUAUGGUUAUUAUUAUCCAAUAAACUUCAUUAUGCUCAUUUCAAACAUGAAAAAACUAAGAUUCCUUGAAGUGACUACUUCGUUCCAUGAAGGGCCUAGAUUUUUAUCAAAUGAGUUGAGGUAUAUAAGUUGGAAUAACUAUCCUGCAUGUUUAUUCCCUGAAGGUUUUUCACCACCAAAGCUUGCUGUUAUAAGAAUGGAAUAUAGCUUGCAAAAAGAACUUUGGAAUGGUUACAAGAAUGUUAUUCCAUCUCUAUGUAGGCAUGCACGUAUCAUUAAAUUUGACUUGUAUAUGCAUCAGUAUCUACCAUCUUUGAAAGAGCUUCAACUCAAAAAUGCAACAGCACUAGUGAGGACACCUGAUUUUGGUGGACUCCCAUGUCUUCAAAGGUUGGAACUCGAUGGGUGUGAAAGCUUGGAAGAGAUUCAUCAAUCACUUGGAAAUAAUAACAGUCUUGUUUACAUACAUGUAAGGAAUUGUGGGAAGCUUGCAAGGUUUCCAAGCAGUAUUCGGUUGGAAAAACUGGAGAUUCUAAAAAUAAUAAGUUGCGGAGCACUUGUUGAGUUUCCAAAGAUUGAAGCAAAGAUGGAUAGCUUGAGAGAGUUAACUUUGGAAAGUGUUGGGAUAGAAGUCCUACCCUCAUCAGUCGGGGAAUAUUGUACCAACCUUAUUAAGCUAGUGUUGAGGGGGUGUGAUUUAAAAGAUGGAGGAAUACCCAACCAGUUUGGUGAGUUAUCCAGCUUAGAAGAGCUAGAUCUAAGCGAGAAUCCCUUUACACGAUUAAAUUUCAGCCUCUCAAGACUUACUAGCCUCAAAAUUAUUGAACUGAGUCGUUGCCCGUAUCUUGUUGAAUUGCCUGAGCUUCCAUCAAGUCUAUUUAUUCUCGAAGCAGACUAUUGCUCAUCACUUAACACCAUCAUCAGAGAUGAUAUUCCCAUAAGUUUUAAAUGGCUAUGUCACGUAUCAAUGUGGGAAGGGAAAAAGAAUAAAAUUGGUGCAGAGAGAUUAAUAAAAGCCAUACUUCAGGGAAAUUUUGUUGAAAGUGGGUGUAUGAGCCUUCACCUAAAUGGGCUCGAGAUUCCGAGAGUGUUUAAACCUUGUUUGGUCAGAGGGAAGAGAUGUAGAAUGCAACUUCUAGAGAACUGGUAUAAUGACUUCUCUGGAUUCUUAUUCUACACAGCUCUCAAUUAUAGUUUUAUCCCGACGAUAAGUAUGAAGCAUGAGAAACCCGAGGGAAGUUCGACGAGAAUGAAGGAUUCUCAAGAUGACAUGUAUUUGGAGGAGAGUUAUGAGGAAGACCUGGGUAAAUGCACAUGGCUGGGGUAUAUUUCAUUUGGUUCAUUGAGAAACACUUUGUGGUUCAACCAAAUAUCCGCUGGUAUUGAAAUUGAGUUUUACCACCGCUUAGGUGAUAUUUAUGGGUGUGGAUUUAAACUCAUCCCCAAGAGAAGUGAAACAAGUAUCAGAGAUUUUUCCUCAUUUGACGACGUUUAUGCAUGUGGAUUGAAUAUCCUACAUGAUUCCAAGUCUGCUUUAGAAUGCUAUAUUGCAAUUUCGAAACGACCGUGGGAAAGAGGAGCAUCAAGCAGCAAACGCCAUAGGCGGUUUGGGAGAACAAGAAAUGUUAAUGAUGUCCAUGAACAGAAUUUGGAGGAGCGAAUUACUGAAAGAUUGGAGGGGCGAUUGGAGGAGCGGUUGGAUCGAUUUGCUGAUGACUGA